GGAAGAGAGAAGGUGAUCCGGAGACGCUAACAUUUUCUGCAUCUCUCUCUCCUUCCCAUGUAUUUGCCACAUUUCUUUUUUUCUUCCUUUAACCUUUUUUUUCACCUAUCCAUCCCAUUCUGUUGUUUCCAUUGUUUGUCCAUUGCUCCGCUUUGCUCCCUCAUAUAUGCUUAUGCCCUCUCCAUCCCAAUCUCCCGCACCUUACAAUUUUUGGCCUUUUUACCCUUUCCAAAAAGCAGUUUCCUCCCCCCCACUCUCCCUCACCCAGUCCUCCCAGCCCUACUUCCUCCACACUGCCCUCCCCUCCUAUCGCCCAGGCUACUGUAACUCCCAGCCCUUUGCAGAUCCCAGACCCCACAGCCAUGUAGGCAGGGAGUCCACAGACGAGCACUGCAACACACAGCGGGCCCCUGCUGCCAGCUCAGCUUGUAUCCACAGAGAUGAUUCCAGCAGUGAUUUAAGCGCUUGGUUUAAAUACCAACCUGUGGUGGAUUUCGGUGUAGACUCUCCUUGUGAUAAUGGGAAUACCUUUAACACACACAGGGACUUUGCGUCUGACUCCAUGUGCAAUUUUGACUCUCUCUACUGCAGUGACUCAGAGAAGCAGAAUGGCGCACACACUAAGUCAGACACACCUGUUAGUGGCGCCGCAGAGGCCACCACCCCGUAUAAGAACAUUGAUGUCAUGAUGACGUAUUCAAACGGUGUCAGUGCUAUGGGCUCACUGCAUACAGAAAAGCGCAUACACUCGCACACAGACAGCAGCAACAAGGCCCGGACAUCUAAAGAGCUUCCUCCUCUACCCACAUAUUACCUGUACCACCCUAAAAACUGCCCUCUACAUCGGGGUGCCCCUCCUCGUCUCUCCCCUAUCGGAGCCCUCUCUCCUCCCCAGCGCUCCGGAGCGCCCCCUCCUGGCGCAGCAGGCUCUUGCCUCAGCUCCCCGCUUUUCCCCCGCUCUCACACCUUGCCUGCCCUCGCUGCUCCCCUCUACUAUCCAAACCUCUACCCUCCUAUACCGCCCAGGGCUCCCCCCCUACCCCCAAAACUGUACCAGGCUCCUCCGCAGUCACGCGUGGCGACUGUUCGCAGUGUCUCAUUCGCCGGCUCUGUACAGAGGACAGAGACGUCCUGGAUGGGCGAAGAUGUGAAGCAUCCAGUGAGAGGUCUGGGCCUGUCCUCUCUGUGCCUGCAGGAAAAAAAAGCUCUGGUCAGUGCCGUCAGCGUGGCAGUGGAAGCCAUUUUGGCCCAGUUCAGUUCUUCCCGGACUGUAGUUCAGAAGUCUCUCUCAGUUAACAAGGCCUUAUCAGGAGACAGCACUAUAAAUCCAUCCCUGGGCCGUCUGGUGCUGCAGUGCCUCUGCCCUGCCCUGCACAGCUUGCUGACCGAUGGCUUGAAGCCCCACCAGAGUGACCUGAUCGCAGGCAGGAGGCCAAACUCCGCCUGGGGUCUGGUCCAGGCCUCCACCAGGCCAGGUCCAAAAACACAGGCCUUGUUCAACCUCCAAGUUCGAGUCGGAGAGCUGCCCCAGCUCCGACAGUCCAAACACAGGUUCAACGCAUUCCUCCUUGGCCUACUGAAUGCCAAGCUUCUUGAUUUCUGGCUGUCUCACCUUCAGUCUUGCAGCGAUGUGCUGGAGACAUAUUAUCGUCCCACCUCCUUUAUGCGUCUGUCGUUGGCCCCCUGCCAGCCUCUGUUCGAGGAGCUGCUCCUCGUGUUGCAGCCUCUCAGCCUGCUGACCUUCAACCUCGACCUACUCUUCCAGCACCACCAUUUAGAGCCAGACAGUCACAGUCCAGAGAUCCCCAGUCCACCGUGUCAGGAUGCUGGGUUCCAGCUCUCAACAGAGGGGUCCCAAUCCAAAAUCACGGGCUGCAGAUAUAUUGAAAGCCUGUCAGAAGUAGACUUCGGAAGCCCAGAGUAUCAGGCAGCCAAAGAGAAAUUGUCUCCAUUGGCUAAUCCAAAGAAUGAAGGAUCAGAGGAGUCAACACAUAGCAGUGCUGCACCCAAACAGGCUUCGGUUAGUCUCGGGCAGACUAGUCCUCAGCUGCUGUGGGUGCAGGAGAAGGAAAUUGGAGAGCUACCUCCCCCUAAUAUUGAGGAAGACAGCCUUGCUCAACAGGCAGGACAGGUUAUCCAGCAGGGAUGGGGGGCUGUGAUGCGCUGGGGAGGCAGGCUGAGCCAGAACCUGGCUGAGCUGAGCCUGAAGAAGGAAGAGAUGAGGACGGAUCUGCCUGAUCUCCAGGUCCAGGCAGGAAGUGACUUCGCUCCUGUCAGCAGUGGUGCUCAGGUGCCCUGGGGUCUGGGGCGGCUCUUUGGAGCCUCUAAAAGUCCCAACAGUCCACCAGGUCACACACCACCAACCAGGCGUCCCUCUCAGUGGCUGGCUCCCGGUGUUACCGCACUGACUCGAAUGGUGAGCAGCAGCUCCACUCCAAUAAUAAAGAGGGCCCCGAAUCCCCAGGGAGAGAGUGAGCCAGAGUCAGAGAAAGAUGUUGAAGCACUGGAGAUGAAGGACAAACCCAGACCACUCAGGUCAGUCCGAACGCUGUGUGACCACACUGGAUCAGGUUCCGAGCUCAGCUUCUGCAAAGGGGAGGAACUUGUGGUGUUAGGAGGAGUCGAUCAAGACUGGAUUCGCUGUCGUCAGGGAGACAAAGAGGGGCUGGUACCUAUUGGCUACACCUCUCUCAUCAUGUGACUUCGGCACCAUAACUGCUGCACUCAAUCAAUAAAAAAAAAGAAUAAAUAAAUACAUAUAUAUAUUUUAGGCGAGUAUUGAGAGGUUUUGGUGAGGCUCCACUACUCUGAAAGGGAUAUUUCACGCCUGCUCGGUUAGAGUUUGAGUUGAGGGCGUAGCACCAUCUGUUCUGCUUUUCGUCGAUCAGGAGCCGUCUGCAGCCCUCUCCCUUUAUGAACAUAUGGGAGUGUUAUUUCCCCAUCGCAGUCCAUCCAGUUUGGUAGCAUUAAACUAAUGGAUUUCAACAGCAGGAACGCAGCAGAUGGUGUGAAAUAAUGACUCAAGUCAAAUUUAGAUCGUUUCACACUGGAAGACCUUUGAUCUGGGAGUGAAGUAUCCCUUUAAAUGUCCUUUUCUCGAUUUCUGCCUUCCUCGUCAGCCACUGAUUUGAAAAUGAUCACAGGGGAAAUUCUGUGCAAUCAACCACAAGCAGAUUGAAGCGCUUUCAGAUCAGCGGCUGCCCGUUGUGAGGAGGCGACAGUCAACAGCCUGCUAAGUAGCCACGCUAAUGUCUCUAGCCGUCGGCUGUAAAAAGUCAUGGCUCGCAGGUUGUCGAGUGGAGAAAGCAUGUUAGAGUACUGAGCUGUAGCUCCUGUUGCAUACUGCGUAGUAAUGUAGUGAAUUGUAGCCGUGUAGAUCUGUGUUCUAUUGACCUUUCACCCCUAUUGAACUCUCACCUUUAUCGCCUGGUUCAUGUGUGUUUGACAUGUUUCUGCUACUAUAUUUGACUGUAUAAAUAUACAUAAAAAUAUAUAUAUAGGUAUAUAAAUUGAGAGUGAUACUACCAAGAUAGAUAGAAAGAUAGAUGAACAAGAGAAAGCCGAUAGUAAAACACAAGCUUAAUGCUGUGGCCACACUGAGGAAGCGGAUGGUUCAAAACCAAUGGAUUCGUUCUUUAUCUUUACAUCUGCAGCUUUACACAGACACUGAGUGGUUGUCAUACAUGGAAAAAAAAGAGUACCGGUACAUGUGUUUGUUUUAAUUAUGAUAUCCACUAUCUUCCCUCCUGUGUGCUUUAUGUAUUGCCAGUGUCUUGACAUCAUAUUCAUAGCAUAAUUAGAUUAGAUCUUAAACACUGUAUGCAUUGUAAUGUGCCAUGAAUGCUUUGAUUGAAUGCCAGAAAAUUAUUUAUCCAUCCCACACAGUUGUCAAAUCUUAUCAGACAACAGCAAUCUGUAGCUAAUCUCUCUACUCAGCCAAAACCCAACGUGUGUUGGAAUAGACACAUCACAAAACUAUGCUCAGCUCUUGUUCGGCACUAUCUGACCUUAUAUUUAAUGCAGUGAGAAAAGCCCAGCUGUAUGUCACUCAUUAGUGCUACUGUAAAGUCUGUGGGUUUGGUGGCUGGUCUUCACCUCGUACCUCAGCUUUUGUAUUUCUCUUAACCCUACCUGCCAUGUUUGCUGAUCAUAAUCAUUGAUAUUAAUGAUAGUGGUGGAAGUGAUGUUGAUUCCAAUGUUGCUCAUAUGAAACAUUGCUUUGUGUCAUAUAUUUAUUGAUUAUUCUCUCGAUUCUGUAUUGCGGACUAUGCAUAUGGUUAAAUGUACAACAAAAAGCCUUUUUUUGUUUGUUUUCAAGUCAUUUUGAAAUAGUUCAGUUGUUAAAGUUGAUAUAAAGGAGCUAGAUUUUCACUGGUUAUGAAAGACUGAUACUAUAGGACCUCCGUUUAAUUCUGCAGGAAAGUUUCAUUGCUAUUGAUUAAUCAGGGAAAGCUCAGUUCUUGAAAGUUUCCUCAUGUUAUUGUGUCAGUGCCAUGUAGCAUGACGUUACUGUCACUAUGGCAACUGUCCAGUAGCAUUAUGUCAAGCCAGUGCUCAUAACUUGUAACGUAUGAUCACAAUAAAACACCAUCAAAUGGAUGAUACCUAGGUGUUCACAAGAACCUGCGUCUAGAUAAAGAUAAAAUAUCGGUUGACACAUUAAAAUGUGUUAAUAGCUUUUUGGUUUUUGUAUUUUUAUUCAAAUGUGAGGUUCCAGUCUAAAUUCAUUUGUUUGAAAGCUGUUCAUUUAUUGUGCUAUUGUGCUAUUUAUUGACCUUGAGGUUUCUGAAAGGAAUAGCUCUAUCUGACCCAUCUAGUGUCUCUCUAUCUAUCUGGGUUCAUUAUGUGUGUGUGUGUGUGUGUGUGUGUGUGUGUGUGGGAGUGUGCACAUGGCAGCGUAUGUGGCGGUGAAAGCAGAGAUGAGUGUUAGCACAUCCUGCACUUUCACUUAUGUGUGUGUGUAAGUGUAACUGAGUUAUGCACCUCCUUCUCCUCCUCCUCUCUUUCUCUCUCUGGUGUCAUGUAGCCUGUAGACAUCCCCCUGUGUCCUACUAUUGCAUAUAGCUCAGUGCCCCUAUAGUGUCAGUCACUGUCCACCUCCUGCAUGUGCUUGUUUGUAAAUACACCAAAUAAAAUGAUCAGUAUAA